AGCUCCCGAUGGGGUAGAAUUGGAGUGGGGUGGAGACAGAGUCUCUGUGAUCAGUGACAUUUGCCAGCUGCAAUUCAUUCUGCCCACUGUCCUCUCGUAAACCAGGUGGACUACACCUUGACGCUCAGCUACCACCAUACAGAAGCUGCUGCCACGAUGAGGCUCGUCCCCAUUCUGUGCCUGGUGCUGUUCUUCAGCCUUGGGGUGGCUUUCCGCCAACGCUCCCGUUCCAAGGAGAAGAAGAAGGUUCAAGAGUCCUCUGUGGGUGCCGUGGGGACUCCCAGAAGCAGGGACUUUGCCUUCAGCCUCUACAGGGCCUUGGCUUCUGAAGCCCUUGAUCAGAAUGUUUUCUUCUCCCCCAUGAGUGUGUCUAUGAGCUUGGGCAUGCUCUCCCUGGGGGCUGGCUUGAAGACUAAGACACAGAUCCUGGAGGGCCUGGGCCUCAGCCUCCAGCAAAGCCAAGAGGACAAGCUCCACAAGGACUUUCAACAGUUGUUGCAGAAGUUCAGCCAGUCUAGUGAUGGCCUCCAGCUGAGUCUGGGCAGUGCCCUUUUUAAAGACCCAGCAGUACAUAUCCGGGACAACUUCCUGAGUGCUAUGAAGUCGCUGUACAUGUCAGACACUUUCUCUACCAACUUCAGGAACCCUGAAAGCGCUAAGAAGCAGAUCAAUGACUACGUAGCCAAGCAGACCAAGGGCAAGAUUGUAGACUUGAUCAAGGAUCUUGACAGCACCCAUGUCAUGGUGGUGGUAAAUUACAUCUUCUUCAAAGCCAAGUGGCAGACUGCCUUCAGUGACACAAACACCCGCCAGAUGGAUUUCCACGUGACCCCCAAGAAGACCAUACAGGUGCCCAUGAUGAACCGUGAAGAUUGGUACUCCUACAUCCUGGACCAAAAUAUUUCCUGCACGGUGGUGGGGAUCCCUUACCAAGGCAGUGCCAUGGCUCUGUUUAUUCUCCCCAGCGAGGGCAAGAUGAAGCAGGUGGAGGAUGGCCUGGACGAGAGAACGUUGAGGAACUGGCUUAAGAUGUUCACAAAGAGACGCUUAGAUCUUUACCUUCCCAAGUUCUCCAUUGAGGGGACCUAUAAACUGGAAAAAAUCCUCCCCAAACUGGGCAUCCAGGACAUCUUCACCACUCAUGCUGACUUGUCUGGCAUUACUGACCACACCAAUAUCAAGCUGUCUGAGAUGGUGCACAAAUCCAUGGUGGAGGUAGACGAGUCGGGAACCACAGCAGCCGCCGCCACAGGCACGAUCUUCACAUUCAGAUCUGCUCGACCUAGAUCUCUGAAGCUAGAAUUUACCAGACCCUUUCUGAUGGCCGUUAUGGAUGAUACAAAUGUCUUUUUCAUUGGCAAAGUGAUCCAACCCUGAGGUGGGACUCCUUCUGAAACUCACAGGCUCACACAGAGGGAGCCAGGCAUAUUCUACAGCCCAUCCAUCUCUUGGUAGCUAGUGAUUUUCAUUAGAUUGACUAAUAAGGUGUUAAGAUAAGAUCAAAUCCUGAUGGCUGCUUCCUUGAUCACAGUUGCACGAUGUGCUCUUUCUCUCAUCACUCAUUGACACUGACCCUAAAGAGGUCUCUUGAUUUCUCCAAGGUCCUACUACCAUAUUUGUGACAUAGUCAUGCCCAGACCCUCUCUUGCUCAGUCUAGCACUACAAAGCCCUGUAAGAGACUGGUCAGCAUAGAUAAAGGCCACCAGGAAGCACAGUCAUAAAUCUGGUCUCCAACCUAUCAGCACCAACUAUCAGUUCAUCAUGGUUGAGAAAGGACACUGGACUGAAGUUCUGAAAUGGCGCUAAUAGCUACGUAACAUGGGAAUGAAAAUGUUCCCCUCUGGGCCUGUGUUUCUUGUAUAUCCAAUGAAUGAUCAGAACAAGAAACCCAUUCAAAGACCUAUGAGAUUGUUACACAGGGGUUGGCUGCUCUAUCCCAGCCAUGGUUGAUGUAAGAACUCAGUUUGGUAGCAUACUUGAGCAAUCAGAGUAAAAGUGUCUCACCACGAACAAAGGUAUCAAAUCACAAACCUGGCUGGCUACGGUGGGAUGAUAGAGGUCUGUUGUAAACAGUAGAAUGUAGAUUGCAGACUGGCCUGCUGAUUUCCACCUUGACAAUAGCAAUAAAGCAUUUUGCAAAGA